AUGGAUGAGGAGAAGAAGAAAGCUACGAAGAGAAUUGACGACGACGUCACUAGGAGGCGAGCGACGUCGUUCUCGAAGAGAAGCAGGAGUUUGUUAAGGAAAGCGCACAAGAUCUCUGCCUUUUGCGACGCCGAGGUUGCGCUCGUCGCCUUUUCUCCUUCAGGGCUCGCCACCAAGUUUAGCAGCGGAGAAAGGUACCCGUCGCAAAAAAAAAAAAAAAACGGUCGCUAA